CCUCUAAUCCUACCCCAGCCCGCCGCCGUUCCCACCCCCACCCCACCCCACCCCUUACUGCCUCUGCCCCCACCCCGUUCCUAACCCCCCCGCCCCCUCAGGGUCGGGGCCCUGGCCCAGGCCUAUCUUGCCGUCCCUUACCGUGCUCUUUCCGCUCUCGAUGAUGUGAUGGCGACUGAUGGCCCGCAGUUUUCCCUCCAGCACCACCCCAGGGCCGCUGCAAACAAAACGGAGCCGUUACCCCCUUUCCGAAUGGCCGCCCCCUGGGUCCCGAGGCGAGGCUCCGGCACCAUCCGAGGAAUGGGCCUGCUGAGCCGACCCUCGAGGUACGGGCCCGUUACCGAUACUCACCGCUGCAUGUCAGCUGGCUGCCACCCCCCCGGUACCGGCUCCGGGAUCACCGGGCUGUUCGCUAACGCUUUAUCCUCGUAAAUCCUGCUCAUGGCGUUUCCCUGGGACCGACACGGAACCGAGACCGAGGCCCCGGGCUCAGGGGGCCGCCCCGGGCUCAGGGGGCCGGGCCGGGGCGGGGCCGGGCGUCCGCGGGUUCAGGGGCGGGCCGUCGCGUCGCGUCGCGUCUCUGGGGCCAUGGUGGCGCUGCUCCUGCUCCCUCCGGAAGCCGGGGAUCGGGCUUCCCAGCGCUGCCGCCUCGGGCCCCGGGCCUUGGCUGCUCUGGGCCUUGGCCUGGGCUCCCCGCUGCGGGUCUGCUUACCGGGUGGCUCCGCUCUGUGUUCCGCUUGGCCGCGGCGAGACCAGGCCGAGGGAUUCUUGCAGCUCGACACCACGUGCGUGAGUCCGGGGCUGCUGGAGAGACCGGGCCCGGGCCGGGGCCUGAGGCUGAGCCUCGGGCAGUUAGAGCCUCUGUCCUCCGUUAAACUGAGGCGGGUCCGGGUGCGGACUGUGCAGGUGCCUGGGCCGUGGGGAGAGGUCGGGCCUGCUGUUCCAGCGGACGCCGAGCUGCUGUUACUGAAGGAGCUGCUCAGGGGGCUUUUCCUCCGCCCGGCGUUUGUGGUGACGGCGGAGGCCGCGGCCUGGCCUGGGCUGUUCCUGGUGGAAGUGGCCGCCGUGGAGCCGGAGCUGUGUCCAGGUGGAGCCGGGCUCAUGGGCCCUGGGACCCAGCUGGAGGUGGCGGAGCGGCUGAACCUGGAUCAGUUUCGAGCCCGAGGUCGGGGCCCGGGCCUGGGCCUGGGCCUGGGCCUGGGCGGACUGCAGCACUCCGCUGCCCCGCUCCGAGAGAUGCUGAACCUCCCGCUUCGCUUCCCGCAGACCCUGCGUCGCCUCGGGCUGUCGUGCCCUCGGGGGUUACUGCUGCUUGGACCCCCGGGGGUGGGGAAGACGGCGCUGCUCCGGGCCGUGGCCCACGACUUGGCCGCGCCGCUAAUCCUCGCAUCUCCCGCCACUCUCCGGGGCUCCCGGCCGGGCGACAGCGAGCAGAGGCUGCGCCGCCUCUUCGCCCAGGCCCAGGCCCGGGCCCGGGCCAAGCCCUGCAUCCUCUUCAUCGACGACAUUGAGUCAUUGUUCCCCCGGAGGGCAGCGGCGGGGAGCCGGCCUGAGGACCGUCUGGUAGCCCAGCUCCUCACCCUGAUGGACGGCCUGACACCUCGCAGUCGCCUGGUGGUAGUAGCGGCCAGCAACUGCCCCGAGGCCUUGGACCCUGCCUUGAGGAGGCCCGGCCGCUUUGACCGAGAGAUCUUAAUUGGGGUUCCAACAAUGUCGCAGCGCCAAUCCAUUCUGAAAGUAGUAACAUCAUCGAUGCCUCUGAGGGCUGAUGUUGAUCUGUCCUGGCUGGCAGAAGCUACAAGUGGUUAUGUCGGUGCUGACCUAACAGCUCUCUGCCGAGAGGCUGCUCUGCAGCUCGUGAGGCGCAGCUCCCAGGACACAGCGAACAAGGAAAUCACCUUUGCAGACUUCUGUGAAGCAAUAAAGAUUGUGCAGCCUUCCUGUCUGAGAAGCAGCAUCGGGCUGACUGACUUCAAACCUGUCCACUGGAAUCAAAUUGGUGGCCUGGAUCAAGUGAAAUUGAAAUUGAAACAGAGUAUUCAGUGGCCAGUGCUGUACCCGCAGGCAUUUGAGAGGAUGGGAGUGACCCCCACUCGUGGGAUUCUGCUGUGUGGACCCCCAGGAUGUGCAAAAACCACAUUGGUGAAAGCUGCAGCCUCCAGCUACCGCUGUUCUUUCCUGUCGAUCAGUGGGGCAGAUCUGUUUUCACCAUUUGUAGGUGAUUCUGAAAAGAUUUUGGCUCAGGUUUUUAAACAAGCUCGAGCUGCAGCUCCAUCCAUCCUGUUUCUGGAUGAAAUUGAUUCUAUCUUUGGAUCACGUUCAUUUGAUGGAGCAAAUGGCCGUUCUGUUAAAGAGCGGGUACUCUCUGUUCUUCUUAAUGAGAUGGAUGGAAUUGGCCAGCCGUUGAUUGGGAGGAGAAUCUCAGAGAGGAACAUGCUUGCAUCUGAAGCAAAUCAAGUUGAACCGACAAAAAAGUUUCAGGAGGUUUGUAACAAAAAUGUGAUCGUGGUUGCAGCUACAAAUCGGCCAGACCUAUUAGAUGAUGCUUUGUUGCGACCUGGAAGAUUUGACCAAAUCAUCCUUGUUCCAUCUCCAGAUGAAAAAACUAGACUUUCCAUACUGAGGAUUUGUACUUCCAAAACUCCACUGGAUGAUGUGUCUUUGGAGGGACUGGCAGCUGAGACAGCUGGUUUUACUGGAGCAGAUAUACAAAAUUUAUGCAAAGAGGCUGCACUAUUGGCUCUUCAAGAAAAUGGACUGGAUGCUGCAGCUGUGAAACAUGAGCACUUUCUCAAAUGUCUUCAGAGUCUAAAACCAUCUUUAAGUGGUCAACAGUUGCAUUUCUAUCAUCAUUUAUUCUCUACAGUGACCCAGGAAAUAACAUGAUUUUUCUCAUUACAGUCAAGGACAAGCUAGCAUAAAGAACCAAACUAGGGUAGAACUGUAAUUGUAUUCUGUAAAUGCAUAUUGUCUCAGAAAUCUGAAAAAUGUGUCAAUCUGAUUAUCAAAUAUAAACUGCAGUUGCAGUUCAUUCGCAGCAAAACUAGAACAGUCAAUACAUACUGACCCAGCCUGUAACUCCCACAUCUCUCAAAUGAAUAAAGACAUAUACAACACACACCUAUUACUGCCAA